AGUGAGCAUCGAGCGCAGAGUGGAAGAGAGAGAGAGUGUUGAAGAGAGAGAGGGAGAGUGGGGGGCUCUCGCUCUUGCGAUUCAAGGAGAGAGAAAGCGGACUCUGCCUCAUGUGGAGAGAGAUUCUAGAGAGAGAGAUGUUCCCUCAAUUCGGUGCCACUGCUGCGGGCUUCAGCAAAGCUUCGACGAUGGUGUUCAGGAUCGGGAGUGAUGCCCACCUCUACGACGACCCAGAAGAUGUGAGCAUUGCUCCUCUUCUCGAUAGCAAAUUCGACACAGAGAAAUCGGAGGCUCUCAAGCGAUUGCUCGCCCUCAUUGCGCAGGGUUGCGAUGUCUCCAAUUUUUUCCCUCAGGUUGUGAAAAAUGUAGCAUCCCAGUCGUUGGAAGUGAAGAAACUUGUCUAUGUAUAUCUACUGCAUUAUGCUGAAAAGCGACCAAAUGAAGCAUUGCUUUCUAUUAACUGCUUCCAAAAGGAUCUAUCAGAUUUGAACCCCUUAGUUCGUGCAUGGGCUCUUCGUGCUAUGUCAGGGAUUCGUUUACAUGAUGUAGCUCCUCUUGUUUUGGCGGCAGUCAACAAGUGCGCCAGGGACCCAUCUCCAUAUGUUAGAAAAUGUGCGGCAAGUGCCCUUCCAAAGAUUCAUGAUUUACAAUUGGAGGAAAACUAUGGUGCUCUUGCAGAGCUUGUUGGUAUCUUGUUAAAUGAUAGUUCCCCAGGCGUAGUUGGAGCUGCAGCAGCUGCGUUUAAUUCUGUUUCCCCUAACAAUCUAUCAUUGAUUGGGAGAAGCUUUAAACGACUAUGUGAGACUCUCCCUGAUGUUGAAGAGUGGGGCCAGAUUGUCUUGAUUGGAAUCCUGCUACGAUAUGUGGUAGCAAGGCACGGGCUUUCAAAAGGAUCCAUACUGCUUCCUUGUAAUUGCAAUGAAAGUACACUCUCUGACAAGGGUUCUGGUGGAUAUGGGGUAACAGAUAAUGACAGUAGCUUCAUGCAGCACAAUGAAGCUUAUGAAUCAGAAUUGAUGACAGCACUAUGUAGAUGCUAUAUAGAGGGACAGGACGAGUAUUUGUCAAGAUUAAAUUCUCCUAACAAAGAUGAUACCAAUACAUCUGGACUCAUUUUUACGUCAUACGAAAAUAAUGACGUGAAACUCUUGCUUCAAUGUACUUCGCCUUUAUUAUGGAGUCAAAACAGUGCAGUCGUACUUGUGGCUGCUGGAACUCACUGGAUUAUGGCACCUAAGGAUGAUUUGAGGAAGAUAGUGAAGCCACUUUUGUUUCUUUUGAGGUCAUCGCAUUCCUCGCGAUAUGUGGUGCUUUCCAACAUACUAGUGUUCACAAAGGCGAUUCCUUCAUUAUUUGCAUCUCAUUUUGAAGACUUUUUCAUGUGCUACUCUGAUUCAUAUGAAAUCAAAGCUCUAAAAAUUGAUAUAUUAUCUCUCAUUGCCACUGAAUCAUCAAUAUCUUUCAUUUUUCAAGAAUUCCAGGAUUACAUUAAAGACCCGGACAGAAGAUUUGUUGCUGAUACACUUGCUGCAAUUGGUGUAUGUGCACAACGGCUUCCAUCUGUGGCUAGCACUUGCUUGGAAGGGCUUUUGGCUGUAAUUCGACAAGAGUCUUCUGUCAAUUGUGGGGAUGAUAAAGAAACAGAAGCUUAUGUAUUGACUCAAGCAAUUAUCUCCAUCAAGACUAUCAUAAGGCGAAAUCCUGCUGAUUAUGAAAAGGUGCUGGUCCAUUUGAUACGUAGUUUGGACUCAAUCAAGGUGCCUGCUGCUCGUGCUGUCAUUGUAUGGAUGUUAGGAGAAUACAGUUCUGUUGGUGAUACUAUUUCUCAUAUUGUCCCCACUGUCCUUAAAUAUCUGUCUUCGUCCUUUCCUUCAGAACAACUGGAGACAAAGCAACAGAUUAUUAACAGUGCAGCCAAGGUUGUACUUAGUGUCCAAGGGGAAGAUCUCUUGGCAUGUAAAAAGGUAUUGAUGUAUGUUCUUGAGCUUGCAAAGUGUGACCUAAACUGUGAUGUGCGUGAUCGUGCACGCUUUAUAAAGACACUGUUACUACCUCAUUUGACUCAUCACUCUGCGGAGGUGAGAGAAACAUUUUCAGAACCAGAUGGGGGCUGGAGAAGCAAACUUGUGGAGCAUAUUUUUUGUAGAAAGAGAAAACCCAUGUCCCAUGCGCCCAAAAAUGACCGGUUCUAUCUUCCUGGAUCUCUUUCACAGAUAGUGAUGCAUACAGCACCAGGUUAUGAACCUCUUCCUAAACCAUGUAGUUUUGUUGAUAGUGACUUUGAGACCUCCAAACUCACCGACCAGAAGAAUUUAAGGGACAGAAAAACUACAAACAAUUUGAUGGAUAAACGCGAUCCUGACUCAUUAUCUGGAUCUUCAGAUGAAGAAAGCGCAUACAGUUAUGAAUCUGAGCAUUCUUCUUCUAAUACACAUGAAAGUGGGAGUACUGAGUCAGCAAGAAACUCUAAGGGCAGUGGCAGCAGUACUACAUCUGCUACCAAAGAUAGUAGUGAUGAAGCAGUAUUGGAUCCACUUAUUCAUCUUUCUGACACAGAAGUAGGAAAGAAUAAAUCAAAAGAAAAUGCUGAGAAUGAUUCUACUUCUACAGUAUUUCGUGUGGAUAUGUCAGAGUUGAUGCCUAGUAAAGGGCUAGAAUCAUGGCUUGAUCAGCAACCUUCCUUAUCUGGAACAAGUUCGUUUGAAAGAGUGGCUGGAAUUCAACGUUCAGCAUGCAUAACUCUUGUGGAUGUUGAUGCGAAACCAGACGUGCACAUACUUUUGGACUCUGUAUCUGGGAGUGGCUUAAGUGUGGAGUACGCUUUCUCAACUGAAAUAUCCAGAGUUUCCCCAUUGUUGGUUUGCGUGGAAGCCACAUUCAAGAACAACUCAACUAAACCAUUGGCCAAAAUUGCAGUGCGAGAUGAAGAUACAACAGAAGAUCUGCAAAUUGGGACUCUUGAGGCUGAAGCUCUAGAAAGGUCCAUGGUCCCUUAUGAACUGCCAAAAGUAAUAUCCACCAAAGUGAUUGCUUGUCUUGAUCCCGGUCAGGAAGAAAGGGUUACUCUUCACGUUCAUUUCCAUCACCACCUGUUGCCCCUCAAGCUAGCCAUCGUUUGCGACGGUAAAAGGUAUCCUAUUAAAUUGCGGCCCAACAUUGGAUACUUUGUGAAACCACUCCCUUUGGAUCUAAAAACCUUUACUGAUAAGGAGUCGCAGCUUCCAGGAAUGUUUGAAUACAUGCGAAGCUGCACCUUCCGAGGCCAUAUUGAGGGCAUGCAAAGCGAAGAGGGCCAGAGCGUAAGAAACAAAGACAUGAUCCUUACAGUGGCCCAUAGAAUAGCUUCAACCAUACUUGGCAAUUCAAAUAUUUCCCUUGUCUCUGUGACCAUCCCAGUAUUCUCGGCUGAUAAUACUUCUAAGGCUUAUGAUGAUGUAUCAGGCCUGUGCCUGCGGUUUAGUGGCGAGAUCUUAAGCAGCUCUCUCCCAUGCUUAAUCACCAUUUCAGUCGAAGGUAGAUUUUCUCAACCAUUGAAUGCUGUGGCCAAAGUCAAUUGCGAGGAAACGGUUUUUGGCCUAAACCUGUUAAAUAGGAUAGUUGCUCUCCUUUCCUGAGUGUUGCUAUUCUUUCUUGUAUGCAAGUUCAUAUGUUGUAAUCUUCGGAGUGAUAGGAUCUAUUUGGAGAAAUUGAUGAGAUAUUGAUACAAUCCUCUUUUUUUUUUUUUGUUGUGUGUGUGUGUAAUUAUUGGGCCUGGCUGGUUAGUUAAUGUAUUGGUUAGUUAAUGUAUUGUUAUUGCUUAUUAUUGUAUUGGUUCUGAUUUUUGAGUUAUGGAAGAUAGAACUAUAGUUACAAAGAAACUUAACGUAUAAGACUUUCGUGUUGGGACUUGUGUAUUAUCGUGGGUAUGUAUAUGGCCAUCAAGUUGCAGUCAAUACUCUCAUCAUCAAUGUUGGGCUUUUUUCAUAGCUCGUCUGUAGUACUUCUUUCUUGUAGCAUGUUUCUCAUCAUCAAAUGGUACUAAACAUAAUUCUCUUUG